AUGGAUGCAACCCUCGACUCUAUCAAGCAGCUUGCAGCGACUGCUAGUGAGGCGACUCGCCGGCAGCUUAUCAUCUCGCUGAACAAGCUCAUCCUCUCUCUAGAAGGUCCCAGCGACACCAUUCACAGAUAUGGACAUAUGAACCUAGAAACAGCGACAAUCAGGAUUGGCUUUGACUUGGGGAUUUUCAAGCUUUUGUCUGGGGCCGAAAGGCCCUUAGGAGUGGAAGAAGUCGCCCAAAAAUGCGGGGCAGAGCCCCAGUUGAUGAGUCGAAUUCUUAGAUAUCUUGCUGCUAUUGACAUAGUAGACGAGGUUUCGGCCAACCGGUACACCGCAAACAAUAUAACCACAAAUCUUACCGAGAAGUCUGUGGAGGCUGGUUUGAGCCAUUAUUUCUACACUGCGGGACCCCAGUAUGAAGCCUUGCCGGGCUUCUUGAAGAGAAUAGGAUACAAAAACCCUGUGGAUGAGCUACACACAGCUUUUCAAGAUGCCUGGAAAACACCACUCCAUGCGUUCCAGUGGUUUGCCGAGAAUAACUCACACCUUACCUACUUCAACGACUACAUGGCUCUUCGUCGUAAGCCUGAGCUUUCAUGGCUUUCGGUGUAUCCUGUUGCUCAAGAGGUAGAAGGUUGGGAUUCAAAGGAUAAUAGCAGGGCUAUCUAUGUCAAUAUUGGUGGCGGCAUCGGGCAUCAAUGCAAGCAAUUCAAGGAGAAGUAUCCUGACCUGCCGGGCAGAGUAAUCCUGCAGGACCUACCGCAUUCGAUUGCAAAGGCGUUGCCAACUCCUGGUGUGGAGAAUAUGGAGCAUGACUUUUUUCAGCCGCAACCAAUCAAGGAUGCCAAAUUCUACUACCUUCGCGCCAUACUCCAUGAUCACCCACCACAUAAGGCGCGCAAUAUCCUCGAGCAAACCAAGGCAGCCAUGGGACCGGAGUCAGUUAUAUUAAUUGACGAGAUGAUCUUACCUGAGACGGGCGUAAAUAUCAUGGCUGCAUCUAUUGAUAUGACUAUGCUCACAGCGCUAGCAGGCAUGGAGCGGAACGAGGCGCAGUGGCGUGAAAUCCUCGCAGAAGUAGGGCUGGAAUUCGUGGAGAAGUUUGUGUAUUCCCCCGUGCAUUAUGAGGGAGUAAUACAAGCUAGAUUGCCAAGUAGUGGGAAAGGAGGCUAG